AUGACGUAUGAUGGUAAAAGUACAACAACCAGGACUGAUAUUAGAAAUAUGAUCUCAUUUUGGGCUUUUGCUCUGUUACCCAGACCUUCCCUUGUCGAAAACCCUACCAGUAAAGGGAAUUCUGAAGCGGUUGUUCAUUCUAUACACCAACUAUUUACUUCCAGGAUAUUCGGUAUGUGCAAUAAUUUCACGUUCAGUGUGAUGUUAAGCGCAGCUCAGGAUAUACUUAAUCGGCACGAGCGAUCACCGUAUGAGCAUAAUGUAACCGAUUUCUGCAUACCCGAAAUCACAUCUCGUAUCUGCUCGCCAACGUCUGCCGGCGUCGUACUGCUAUGCAAUAUCGUUCCAGCCCUUCUGGUGAAACUGCUGUGUCCUUUCGUCAUGCAUCGGAUUCCAUAUGGGUAA